UUUAAUUAGUUCGGUAUAUGUUUUAUAAAUAUUCAAUUGAACGUCGCGAGCCCCGUCCCCUCUGGCUGUCACUCAGGGGGGCGGGGCGCUGCGGAGAAGUGGGGGGGAAUCAACGAAACGGGCAGACCCCUCUCCCUCACUCCCUCUCGCACAUCGACCACCGCACGACCACCGGACUACCAGACGCGUUAAGUCCGCAGCAGCUCCUCGUCCAACGCCUCCCCGACGAGGCGCGCCGCGGGUCCCCUGGAGCGAGCACGCGGUAGCGGUGCGUGAAGACGCGCGGCGCGUACGCCACGUACGCCAAGAUGUUGGAGAGCGGCGGCGGCGAGGCGCUGAAGGACGGCCUGCUGGAGAAGCGCGGCGACGGGCUGCUGCAGCGGUGGAAGAAGAAGCGCUGCGUGCUGACGGAGGAGGGGGUGCUGCUGCUGCCGCCCAAACAGCAUGACCCAAACCCGCACCACCACUCGCACCACCCGCACCUCCACCCGCAGCCGCCUGGGGACACCGGCCGCAUCAAGCAGCUGCACUUCGCCAACAUCAGGACGGUGGACUGCGUGGAGCGGAAAGGGAAGUACGUGUACUUCACGGUGGUGACCACGGAGGGGCGGGAGGUGGACUUCCGGAGCCCCCAGGAGGCGGGCUGGUCCGCGGAGAUCACCUUGCAGAUGGUUCAGUACAAGAACCGCCAGGCGGUGCUCGCCGUGCGCUCGACGCGGCAGAAGCAGCAGCUGCUGGCCGGCCCAGGGGUGGGGGUGCCCGGGCACGGCAAGACCCCCACCGGACACGGGAAGCCCCCUCAAGGACACGGCAAGACCGCCCGCGGCGCGGCGCCCGGCGUCGCCUAGAGACACCGCGGUCGACGCGUUCACAAUCCGCGGUCUCUGGAUCCAGAAGAGGACUAGAACCGGGUCCACCUCACCUUUCAGCACCCUCUCCCCCCUCCAUCACCCCUAUGGAGACACCCCCACAGACAUUAGACCGGGACCGGACGUGACCGACGGGUCAUCACCUCCCCCCUAUUUAUGAAGUGUGUAAAUAUCCAUGUCGUCUGUCUUUUCUACCCUGAUGUUGUCAGAGGUCAGAGUGUAGGCGAACAUCUGUACCGUGUCGAUUGAGGAGAGACCUUCACUGAACACCAUAUCCCAGCUCUCCUCUCCCGACCAAUCAAAUGUGAGCCGCUAGGAUCCGCUCCACCGGACCCCGGUACAUGAGGAUAAUUUGGAUGUUCUCAUGACGACGUCCUGUCGUCAAUGCUCCUUAUUGAGUAGCGUCAUCCAGGUUGACCAAUUUACCAAUUAGUUUUCACAAAUGAACCAAUUAGUUGACAGCCAUUCAGUAGUAACAACCCCUGCUCUGUCCAGAAGGUUGUUCAGCACAAAGUUAUUGUUGCAGUGUCUUAGCUCAUGCUAUCAUCUCUCUGCUUAGACUGUUAGCCCUGACACAAGUCCCAGCUCGUACCUCUUUACUGUAUAAAAGGGGUACCUUUAAUGUAAUAAAGGGGUUCCAGGGCGAAUGAGAGACAGUACCCCUUUACUGUACUCCUCUAUCUACUGUACCCCCUCUAUACUAUACUAUCCCCUCCUGUCUCUUUCUCCCUAUCUCGCCUGUCCUCCCCCCCACCCUCUCGGCCCAGCGUGGGUAACGUGGGUAACCGUCGGUAACCGUCAGUUACAGUUGGUAUCCCUGGGUAACCGUCAGUUACCGUCGGUAGCCAACAGUUACCGUCGGUAACCGCCUUAAUGGACAUUCCAGGCCACAAUUCUUUCACUCUGUUGUAGAAAAACUGAUUCUGUCCAAGUGUUCUUUGAAUAAAG